CGCGCGGGCGGCGGUGACAUCACGGCCACGGCGGCGGGGAGGGGCGGCGGCGCCCCGCGCACAUCACUUCCUCGGCGCCUCCCCGGGGGAGGACGGGCGGACGAGGCGCGGACGGACAGGCGGACAGCAGGGUGGACAGCAGGGCGGGCAGAGGGCAAACGGCCACGGCGCGGGGGGCGCUCCCGGCUCCCGCUCCCGCGCCCCGGACCCAUGGCGGGCCCGGCCCCGCCCGCGGCCGAAGAGCUCCCGGGCCCAGCCGCCAGGCGCCUCUACUCCAGGAUGGAGGCAUCGUGCCUGGAGCUGGCGCUGGAGGGCGAGCGUCUGUGCAAGGCGGGCGACUUCAAGGCAGGUGUGGCCUUCUUUGAGGCCGCCGUGCAGGUGGGCACCGAGGACUUGAAGACACUGAGUGCCAUCUACAGCCAGCUGGGCAACGCCUACUUCUACCUGAAGGAGCACGGCCGGGCGCUGGAGUACCACAAGCACGACCUCCUGCUGGCACGGACCAUCGGUGACCGCAUGGGGGAGGCCAAGGCCAGCGGAAACCUGGGGAACACACUCAAGGUCCUGGGGCGCUUCGACGAGGCUGCCGUCUGCUGCCAGCGGCACCUGAGCAUCGCCCAAGAGCAGGGAGACAAGGUCGGGGAGGCGAGGGCCCUCUACAACAUCGGGAACGUGUACCACGCCAAGGGCAAGCAGCUGUCCUGGAACGCCGCGAAUGCCACGCAGGACCCCGGGCACCUGCCGCCCGAUGUCCGAGAGACCCUAUGCAAGGCCUCCGAGUUCUAUGAGAGGAACCUGUCCCUGGUGAAGGAGCUGGGCGACCGUGCGGCGCAGGGCAGGGCCUACGGUAACCUGGGCAACACCCACUAUUUGCUGGGGAACUUCACAGAGGCCACGACCUUCCACAAGGAGCGCCUGGCCAUUGCUAAGGAGUUUGGAGACAAGGCGGCUGAGAGGAGGGCCUACAGCAACCUGGGGAAUGCCCACGUCUUCCUGGGGCGCUUCGACGUGGCUGCUGAGUACUACAAGAAGACGCUGCAACUGUCUCGGCAGCUCAGGGACCAGGCGGUGGAGGCACAGGCCUGCUAUAGCCUGGGCAACACGUACACGCUGCUGCAGGACCAUGAGCGUGCGGCCGAGUACCACCUGCGGCACCUGCUCAUUGCACAGGAGCUGGCCGACAGAGUGGGCGAGGGCCGGGCGUGCUGGAGCCUGGGAAAUGCCUACGUGUCCAUGGGGCGCCCGGCGCAGGCCCUGACCUUCGCCAAGAAGCACCUGCAGAUUUCCCAGGAGAUCGGGGACCGCCAUGGGGAGCUCACGGCCCGCAUGAACGUGGCACAGCUGCAGCUGGUGCUCGGCCGCCUGACCAGUCCGGCAGCCUCAGAGAAGCCUGACCUGGCCGGCUAUGAGGCCCAGGGAGCCAGACCCAAGAGGACGCAGAGGCUGAGCGCGGAGACCUGGGACCUGCUGAGACUCCCCCUGGAGCGGGAGCAGAAUGGAGACAGCCACCAUGCAGGGGACUGGCGGGGGCCCAGCAGGGACUCGCUCCCCAUCCCCGUGAGGAGCAGGAAGUACCAGGAAGGCCCGGACGCUGAGAGGAGGCCCCGGGAGGGCAGCCACUCCCCGCUGGACAGUGCCGACGUCCGGGUGCAUGUGCCGCGCACGAGCAUCCCAAGGGCCCCGUCUUCAGACGAGGAGUGCUUCUUUGACCUGCUGACCAAGUUCCAGAGCAGCCGCAUGGACGACCAGCGCUGUCCCCUGGAUGACGGCCAGGCUGGGGCUGCUGAGGCCACGGCCGCCCCCACCCUGGAGGACAGGAUCGCCCAGCCCUCCAUGACGGCCUCGCCCCAGACCGAGGAAUUCUUCGACCUCAUCGCCAGCUCCCAGAGCCGCCGGCUGGACGACCAGCGGGCCAGUGUGGGCAGCCUGCCGGGGCUUCGGAUCACCCACAGCAACGCAGGGCACCUCCGAGGCCAUGGCGAGCCCCAGGAGCCAGGGGACGACUUCUUCAACAUGCUCAUCAAGUACCAGUCCUCCAGGAUCGAUGACCAGCGCUGUCCGCCGCCCGACGUGCUGCCCCGGGGCCCCACCAUGCCGGACGAGGACUUCUUCAGCCUCAUCCAGAGGGUGCAGGCCAAGCGCAUGGACGAGCAGCGGGUGGACCUCGCCGGGGGCCCGGAGCAGGGAACAGGCGGCCCGCCCGAGCCCCAGCAGCAGUGCCAGCCUGGUGCAAGCUAAGGCCCUGUGCCCACUGCCAGGCCCGCCCUGCCCCCGCUCCUAGACGCUGGGCUCACAGUCACAGCCACGUCCUCCCGAGGCCAUCGCUGAGGACAGGCACUGGGCACGCAGCCCCAUGGCCUCCCCGACCCAGAGCAGCAGGCUCGGGCCGAGCUGCCCGCGGUGGGAGGGCGUUCUUCCAUCCUGGGCUGGCCCCCCAUGGCCCUGGACUUCCUCCCUCCUGCCCCGCCGCAGGCCGGAUGGGGUCUUCGGCAUGUCGGCCCCGACCCGGUGCUGUCAGACUCCCGCACCCUCUCCCCCAAACCCUUCUCGUUCUGUCCUGCCCUGCCAAAUGUGAAACCUGCUGUCUCCCCUACUCUCCCCAAAGGUGUCUCUGAGCCUCUUCCCGGGGCCACCAAGGACAGGGCCACGUUCUAUCCCCCCAGAGCUGGUCUUGGGACAGCCACGUGGCAGGCUUCGUCCCCUCCAGCUUCGUCCCGGGGCAGGGCUCCCUCCAAGCCUAUCUCCCCACUCCUUGCCCGGGCCGGAGGAGGUCUACAAUCACAGAAGACCCCCCAGACCAGGCGUGGCAGACCAGGCCACAGGGGCAGCUCUGAGGUGCCUCCCCCCUGCAGGGGCCUUGACGGGAGCUGGGCCUGUCUGUAAAGCAGAGGGAAUGGCUGGGCAUGAACUUCAACACUCCAAACCCUCAAGCCAGGAAAAAGGGCAGGGCCUGGUCCUGGGGAUGCUUGCUGGCAGCGGGCACAGUGCUCAGUCAGGGCGGGAGACAGCACCAGGCUCUGUGACCCUCACCCGAGGCGGGGGGUCAGUGGAAGCUGGGGAGGCUUCACUCAGCUCAACCCUGCAGAACCCCCGAUAUGAGAACCCCCCCUCCUCCCACCAGCUGGGGGAGAUGACAUCACUUCUGUCUCCCCAUGGGGAGGGGGCCCACAGGGCACUGAGUUCAGGAUCCUGAGACUGGCAGUACCUGUUGGAGCCUGAGAUGGGCCUGAGGUUGCCUGCUCCUGUCCAGACCCAGCCGUGGCAUCUCCCGGGGGCCCCACCAUGGCCCCACAGCCCCCAGGGCUGGCAGUUCCAUCUAGGAGGGUGCCUCUAGGCCCCGCUCUCAGGCUGGGAUGGAGAGGCAGUCCUGGGCCCGGCGAGGUGAGCUGCUUCUGGAGGGGCAGGGCCGCACCCCAGGGCAGGGACAGGUGCCCGAACACAGGGUCUCCAGGACGUAGCGCCCCCCUGCAUACUUGAAUGUAUGUGCGUAUUUAUUGCUCACAUGUGUGUGCCAUGUUGUCAGUGGGUCCUUUCCAACCCAAGAGGUACAUUUGUUUUUCUGUUUUUUCCUGAAAAAUAAAGUCAGCCAAGUGA